CUUCGAUAGUACCGUCGAUAUCUUCAGAAGCCCUUGUAUUUAGCAGUGACGCAAGUGUCCAUUAAGUAUUGAUUGAUAAGCCGCUACGAUGGGCUCCCUAUUUCGCAGCGAAGAAAUGGCGCUCUGCCAGCUCUUCCUACAGAGCGAGGCGGCCUAUGCAUGUGUCUCCGAGCUGGGCGAACUCGGCUUGGUGCAGUUCCGGGAUCUCAAUCCGGAUGUAAAUGCAUUUCAACGCAAAUUUGUGAACGAAGUCAGACGUUGCGAUGAAAUGGAACGCAAAUUGCGUUAUUUGGAGAAAGAGAUUAAAAAGGAUGGCAUACCCAUGCUGGAUACGGGAGAAAGUCCAGAGGCACCGCAGCCACGUGAAAUGAUUGACUUGGAGGCCACUUUUGAGAAACUAGAAAAUGAACUGCGUGAAGUCAACCAGAAUGCAGAGGCACUGAAGCGCAAUUUUCUGGAGCUUACAGAGCUGAAGCAUAUACUACGCAAGACUCAAGUCUUUUUCGACGAGUCUGUGCCAAUGGUUUACAAAUCUUCCGCGCACCACUCAUCCCACAAAUAUCGACGCUAUCUACAGAUGGCCGACAAUCAAAACGAGGAUGAGCAGGCACAACUGUUGGGCGAGGAGGGCGUGCGCGCCAGUCAGCCGGGCCAAAAUUUGAAGCUUGGCUUUGUGGCUGGCGUUAUUUCGCGCGAGAAACUGCCGGCCUUUGAGCGUAUGCUGUGGCGUGCCUGCCGUGGUAAUGUGUUCCUGCGCCAGGCUAUGAUUGAGUCGCCGCUGGAGGAUCCAACAAGUGGCGAUCAGGUGUACAAGUCUGUAUUCAUCAUUUUCUUUCAAGGCGAUCAGCUGAAGACGCGCGUCAAGAAGAUCUGCGAGGGCUUCCGCGCCACGCUGUAUCCUUGCCCCGAGGCGCCAGCAGAUCGUCGCGAGAUGGCCAUGGGCGUCAUGACACGCAUCGAGGACUUGAACACGGUGCUGGGCCAGACGCAGGAUCAUCGUCAUCGCGUGCUGGUAGCUGCUGCCAAGAACUUAAAGAAUUGGUUCGUCAAGGUGCGCAAAAUCAAGGCCAUUUAUCACACGUUGAAUCUCUUCAAUUUGGAUGUAACACAAAAGUGUUUGAUUGCCGAAUGCUGGGUGCCGUUGCUGGAUAUUGAAACCAUACAGCUAGCGCUGCGGCGUGGCACAGAGCGCUCGGGCUCGUCGGUGCCGCCGAUUCUCAAUCGUAUGCAAACGUUUGAGAAUCCGCCCACAUAUAAUCGCACCAACAAGUUUACCAAGGCCUUUCAGGCUUUAAUCGAUGCCUACGGCGUGGCAAGCUAUCGAGAGAUGAAUCCGGCACCCUAUACCAUUAUAACGUUUCCCUUUCUGUUCGCUGUCAUGUUUGGUGACAUCGGCCAUGGAGCUAUAAUGGCGCUCUUCGGUCUCUGGAUGAUACGUAAGGAGAAAGGCUUAGCUGCGCAGAAGACAGACAAUGAGAUUUGGAACAUUUUCUUUGGUGGUCGCUACAUCAUCUUUCUCAUGGGCGUCUUCUCCAUGUAUACGGGCUUCAUCUACAAUGAUAUCUUCUCCAAAUCGCUCAACAUAUUUGGCUCACACUGGCACGUGUCCUAUAAUAAGUCAACUGUUUGGAACAACAAGCUGCUCCAGCUGAGUCCAAAAACCAGCGACUAUGAGGGCACACCAUAUCCGUUUGGCAUGGAUCCGAUUUGGCAGGUGGCGACGUCGAAUAAGAUUAUAUUCCAAAAUGCCUACAAGAUGAAGAUUUCAAUUAUUUUCGGUGUUUGCCACAUGUUAUUUGGCGUCAUUAUGAGCUGGCACAAUCACACCUAUUUCCGCAACCGUCUGUCCCUCGUCUAUGAGUUUAUACCUCAGCUCGUCUUCUUGAUUCUGCUCUUCUUCUACAUGGUGCUGUUGAUGUUUAUCAAAUGGAAUCGCUAUGCGGCCACCAAUGAAUUACGCUGGUCCGAGGCUUGUGCACCUUCUAUUUUAAUUACCUUUAUUGAUAUGGUGCUCUUUAAUGAACCCAAGAAGCCGCCUGUUGGAUGUAAAACAGUCUAUAUGUUUUGGGGACAGCACUUUAUACAAGUUGUCUUUGUGCUUGGCGCUCUUUGCUGCAUUCCCGUCAUGCUGUUGGGCAAACCUAUGAAGAUAAUGCAGGCGCGCAAGCAAGCCAAUGAAGAGGUGCAGCCUAUUACUGGUUCCUCUGACGCUGAAAUAGGUGGCCCUGCUGGACACGGCAAUGGCGGUGGUGGUCAUCAUGAGGAAGAGGAAAUGUCCGAGAUAUUCAUACAUCAGGGUAUUCAUACCAUUGAGUAUGUGCUUGGCUCUGUUUCCCAUACUGCGUCAUAUUUGCGCUUGUGGGCGCUUUCGCUGGCUCAUGCGCAACUUGCCGAUGUAUUGUGGACCAUGGUGUUGUCUAUUGGUCUGCAGAAGGAGGGCUGGCUCGGUGGCAUAUUCUUGACUAUUGUGUUUGCCUUUUGGGCAAUUUUAACCGUGGGCAUUUUAGUGUUGAUGGAGGGUCUCUCUGCUUUUCUUCACACGCUACGCUUGCACUGGGUGGAGUUCCAGAGCAAGUUCUACUUGGGUCAGGGCUAUGCAUUCCAGCCCUUUGCCUUUGAUGCUAUUAUUGAAAAUGGCAGCGCUGCCAGCGGCGAGACCGAUUAAGGAAUAUAAUACCAAUUUAAAGAGGAAACAACAACCAAAGCAUUUCGAGAGUCUCAUCGUUUAUGCACUUAAUAUAACUAAACAAAUGCAUAUAUAAACUUAUAUUGAAAUUAAUGGAAUUUACAUUAUAUGCUUAGCAAUCGUUCUAUAAAUGUUAAAUAAUCGUGAAUUUAUAUAUAUAUAGCUCUAUAAUAUUGUAAUCAUGUUCAGCAUAGUCGCUUACCAUAUUUACUGAAAAACAAUAAUAAAAAAAACGCUAAAGCGCCACUCAGGCGACAGCAAAAAAA